UUCUUUUUUCCGAUUUUCACGCUUAAUUAUAUUAAUUAUUUGAAGUAUUUAAUUGUGGCUUAAUAUUUUUUUAUUUGUAUCAAGAAAAAUUUGUUGUUUUUUUUUCUAAAACCCGAAUCCUGUGUAAAGAUGUCUGCAGUGGAUUUACCUGAAAUAAGCAAUGCAACAGCUACACCGUUGUCGAUGGAGACUGAACCAGUUGAAUCGUCGCCCCGCCCUCCGUCGUCAUCUUCUGCUGCAGCUGUGGCAUUAGAGGAAGAGGAAGGUUCCACUUCACCUUUACCUAAUUGCUCGUCUGCCAACAGAAGUACCAAUGUCACCCCUAAACUACCUCGAUAUCAGUAUUCUAGGGAAAUGUUACUCAUGCUGAAAGAAAACAGGUCUUCUCGUCUGAAACCAGCUUGUCUACAUAAAGAUUACGAGUCAUCCGAAGGUGUAUGGGACCCGGAGAGAUGGUUCAACAGCAAUGCAUCUUCAUCGGCGGCCGAUCCGCAGUCCCUUCAUCAAUCUUCAUCCUCAUCGUCGCUUCAUUCCUACCACCACCAUCCGUACAGUAUGGGGGACAGAAUUUACGUGCCGAGAGGACGUCGGGGCGAUUGGGAUGGGGAUGAUUAUGGAGGAUCUGGAUUAGGGACGGGUAGCAGUUAUAGUAAUGGUGUCAGAAGAGGUGCCAAAAUAGGUUCGUCGGAUGGUGUCGUCCUCAUGCCGCAGAGAAAUUUCAACAGUGGUUGCUACGUCAAUAACAACACCAAUGAUGCCGGAAGGAAUAGAGAUGGGAGAGACCAGAGAUUGUUGCAGCGUUCGACGGUAGGUAGUGGUAGGAUUUCAGUUGUUGACCGGUUCAAAGGUCGUGGCGAGGAGGUCUCAGAAAAUUGGACCGAUAGGCCGCCCCUUUCGUCUUAUAACAAUAGCAGGGGAAGAGGGGUUGCAUCUCGCCUGGAUUACGGAAACAACAGUAUUAAUCGACAGCAGCAACCGCCAUCAUCGUACUCCUUUUCUUCAUCUUCCCUCUCGCUAUCCUCAUCCAAUCGUCGACCCUACCACCCAACGUCUCAGCCGGAGUGGUUCAGCGACGGUCCCGUCAGCCAGUCGGAUACGAUAGAACUGCACGGAUUCGAGGUGGAGCAUGGCUCUUCCUUCGAUGAGGAGAGCUGUGACAGGCCAUCCUCCUCCUCUACCUACAGAGGAACUUACGCCAACUCCACUAACAACUCGACGGCAACUAGCACCACCACCACUACUUCUACUACCAUUACUAACAACAAAGUAAAUUCUCUACAUCUCAGCCAUGAAAAUAGCUGCAAUGUGGCUAGGAAAAAUGAUUCAAAGACAGCCGCAGUGACUACUGCAGCAGCAGCAGUAGCAGCAAAAGGCCGACAGCCAAUAGCAGAUAGGUUUAAAGUGAAUGAGGGCAAUGACAAGAAGGGCAGCGAGGAUUUUGGAGAGUGUGACGGAGAUGGUGUCGCUGGAGUUAAGGGUGUCUAUUGCAAGGAUGGAAAGAAUCUUGACGAUGCUAGUGGUAAUAGUAAUGAUGAUGGUGGUGGUGGUGGUGGCGGCGUUGGUGGCGACAGCGGUGAGGACAGUUCUUCCCAUGGUGGUCAUAAAACUAAUGCUUCAGAUUGUUAUGCUCCAAGAAUGAAUGGAGAAUUUGAUUUUGAUGCCUUUUUCAAAUCUGUUAAUAUUCUUCCUGAUUUUGAGCAAGAGCCCCCGCCAUCAGCCAGCAGUCGAUUCAAAGCCUUCUUUUCCAACAACAAUAACGAAGCUACGUCGCUAGCUGCAACGUCAUCGUCUGCUUCCAAUCAACAGCAUUCGGUCGGCAGCCACUCAACAACGACCACAACAACUGGCGUCGCCAGCGGUGUCCAUGCAGCCGAUGCCACCGCUAACGUAUAUCAACGUUGUCGUGCUAGCCCGGCCGGUGCAUCCUCUCAUCUUCUUCCUCCUCCCCCGCCAGUCUACGGCCACUCCAUAGAAUGCUCCAUCGACCCGGACGAGGAGAAGAAGAAUUUUAUGAAUAUCCUACAGAAGGCCCAGCUCCUGCCUCCUCCUUCUCAUCAUCCUCCUCCUCGUCUUCCUCUUCUUCCUCCUCAUCCUCUCCCUUCUUCCCUCCUUCCACCAACGUCAUCAGCUGCUUCGUUUCAUCAUAGCACCACGUCCACAUCUUCAUCAAUGCCUUUGCAGCAGUACUUUGCACAGCAACAACAUCUCCAGCACCAGCGACAGCACCAACAACCACCGAGAACUCUUCUGAAGGACCUGGAAAGUGACCUCAAGGCCAUAUUGAAGGUCAAUUCAAGGCCAUCCUCUCAGAGUGAAGACCCUCUAUACGGGCCGAUAGUGGCCGCGAAAGCACUGCCGAUGGGCUCCAAGAUCACCAGGGUCACUGACCUCGAGAAUAGGAUUGGUAGUGCCGCUGGUGGUGGUGGCGCCGCUGGUGGUGGUGGCGCCGCUGGUGGUGGUGCUUCUUCUGCAGCCGCCGCUAAUAACGGUGUCGUCAGUGGCGAAAAUGUAAUCGGUGGUAGUGGUUUAAUUGUCGUCGAUGGUGGCCCAGAUGCGUCGGCUAGCGAGGAUAGGAGGAGGAAUGUCGUUAACUGCAGUGGUGGUGGUGGUGGUGGUGGUGGUGGUGGUGGUAAUGGUACUGAUAAUAGUGGUGAUGCUGGUGGUAACAGUGGUUGCAAUAAUAGUGUGGGUGAUGAUGGCCGGGAAGUUGUGGAGAGGGAGCGAAAAUUAUCAUCAGCGACGAUGUUCAUGAAAUUGGAUGAGGAGUCACAGCAGCAGCAGCAAGCAGUAGCUGCAACAACAGAUGAUCAGCAGCAAGCCCAUCUGAGACUGUCAACACAGGAGGCAAUUUGGUCCUUACUUAGGCAGAACAAUCAGGACCACAACAUUCAACAGCAACAGCAGCAGCAGCAGAUGUUGCUGCAACAACAGCAACAGUUUUAUCAACAGCAGCAGCAGCAACGACAUCAUGAACAACAACAACAGUUAUAUCCCCACCUACCCCAGCAAAUUCUUCAACACGGGGGUGUUCAUCAACAUUCUCCUAUCUACCCACCUAUGAAUUAUCCUUCUCAUCCACAACCACGCCAUCCUCUCCAACAACAUCUUCUGGCACAGCAGCAGCAGCAACAACAACAACAACAUCUGUAUAACCAACAGCAGCAACAACAACAACAUGGUAAUAAUAGCAACAAUGUUGCGAUGAUUUUGCAACAGAUGCAGAAGCACCAGCAACAACAGCAGCAGCAGCACCAAGCAGCUGCCAUGUUGCAGAAUCUUUCCGGAAAUUCCAGGGUCAAUAGUUCAAGUUAUGGGCAAUUAAUAUCCAGGAGAGCUAUUGUUAAAGGUGCAACUGGCCCUCUGACAUACACCCCCAUGCCCAUAGAACACUGCCAACCCCCAACGUCAUCUGCAGCAGCGGUCGUUAUGAAUGGUGGCCACACGUACACUGGAGCCGGUACUUCUCAGCAGAAAUCCGUUCUAGCUGCCAUCCAACAGGCCUUAACUUCAUCCUCUUCCUCGUCAUCUUCUUCCUCAUCAUCAGCUGUGGCUGGUAACGUUGUAGGCGGAACAACUGCUGGCGUUAAUCAGCAGCAGCUGCUGAUGCAGCAGCAGCUUCAGCAGCAUCAUUUCAAGCAGACGAGUGAAGUGAUGAAACCAGAAGUCCAUCUGGACUUGUUUGGUCUCUGCAAUAAUGUUGAACAAAAAGUCUUAAAAACCGUCAAAAUGAAAUGUCCCAAUAAGCAGAAUCAAAUAGACUUCUGA